GUUUUCAAUUGCUAUUUAGAAUCGACUUGUUGUGAGUGUUCAUCGUGUUGCUCCUUUUCCUGACCAAAUGAACACGAUCCAUCCCACUACGCAACGAGUCCAUUCCAUGUCUUCUCCAAAGGAUACAGUCACCGCUGCAACUUCAGAAAAAGUGGUCAAGCGACCUGCUAACUUUAUUGUACACCAGGACCUAAAGAAGCGAUCGACUGAGCAGGACCUUCACACAAACCAAACCAUUAGCAAUGUUGACAGUACUGCCUCCUGGGGCCAGUCGCGCCAGACCUGGACACACGCAGCAUUUCGCAGGUUCAGUCCUGGGUCAGACAAUAACGACAAAAGCCAUAUGCCCCUGCAGCAGCAUGCCUCCGUGUCUUCCGGAGUGUCCCUGGCAGGAGUCUGCACAGUCCACAUCGGUCCACAUAUUUUCCUCGAUACUAAAUUCUACACCGCCCUCAGUCCUCCCGCAUCAUUCCAUUCUGUCGCACCAACAACAACAUUAGCAACAGCAACAGCAACAGCAACAACAACACCAGACUACAAUCCAAUGGAUCAAGGAAAUUACAGCUCUGCAAAGGCUUUGAAACAAGAGCAAGGACAAGAGCAGGAAUUAUACAAGGAAGAAUCAUCUGUGUCCGACCAUUCUCAACAGCAUGUUGUCGUCAUGGAGUUCAAAGAGAACCCUGGUAUACAAUGGCUAUUCCCUGAAGAGGCAUCUCUAGAGUUCACACCGGCCCAUGAUACAGAAUCUGCAAAGAUUUCUGCCUCCUUCACUCUCCCCGUUUCACAACAUCAGACAACAACUUUGGUUAUUCUGAAAGCAACACCCGCAUUGCGUGAAGGACUGGAAUUGGCUGUGAAGGGACCCUGUAUCACCACCAACCCAUCAUUAAUAUACAACAAGCCUAAGACUGUUCGUAAUCGUCAGCCUACACCUCCAACCUACCAUGAGGAAACCUCUGAAAUUUUAGGGUCGGGAAAGUCGUCAUCCACAAACCAUAACAUAUCCUCAGCGAAGCGGAAAAUGGAUACUAUGAUCGACGGCCAAAAGCCAUCCAAAUCAAAGCGACUCAAGGAGGGUAAUGGAAAGGGAUCGGGGCCCACUGUCAAAAAAGCCACAGUGAGUGGUGCAUCCAAAAAGAAUGGUGUGUCGGGAUCAUCCUCGACUUCCUCUCAGCAAAAGCGAUGCGCCUACUGUGAGUGCACGACCACUCCGAUGUGGAGACGGGGUCCUGAUGGUCCAAGCACGCUUUGCAACGCAUGUGGCGUUAAAUGGAAACAUGGAAAGAUCUUACAGGGCACGAAUGACACUCAUCAACAUCCAAAACCACUUGCAGCCUCCAUAUCUUCGUCUUCACCCAAUACCAAAGAGUCCAAUAGUACCCAUCAUUCGUCUAGCUCAAAAGGCGUAAAGACAUCUUUGGCAAUGAACAGACAUACCCGUCGAGGAGAAGACAAAAAGACCCACAAUAAGACGGCCAACAAGCAUACAUCUCCAGGACAAGGCAACAAUCAUUUCGAAAAAAAGUCGAGUCCGAGGCUUGAAAUUAACGGAUUAAAGACCGUAGAGACUGAGAGGAUUGUCCCUGUCAAGAAACGACAUUCCAUAUCCAUACCCAACAAUCUACCAGGUCCACGAAUGGUACCUAUCCAUGAACUUGAUGAACAAGCUAAAAUGCCCCCUAAACACCUGCCGAGCUCUAAGCAAUACGGUCAAGAGAACAAGGAAGUGCAAUCUUCUAAUGGAUGGGCUAAGCAAAAGAAAAAUGGGCUUGUUCAUGUUCAUCAACAUCAACAUCAACAUCAACGUCAAGACUUGUCCGAGACACUCGAGUCAUCUGCCAGUAGCGCCUCGACGCAAUCAGAUACUAAUGAUUUCAAGAUGGAUAUGGACAUGGAUAUGGACAGGGAUUCAGAAUCAAUAUAUGAGAAUUCUGAAGCAGCAACUGAUAGUCUCUCAUUAUAUAACAAAGUCCCUUACAAGAACAGCAUAACGGCCUUUCCUCUGCACUUCCCCACCAUUUCUAUUGCAUUUGGACCGAACAAUGCGUUCUAUCAAUAUCCUAACUGUACUGUGGUUCUGUACGAGGACCAUUUCCAAAUCCAACUUGUGCAAGAUGGAGAGAGAACAGAGAUUGAUGUUUGGAAAGAAGGAAUUGAAGGGACCGAGUUCCAGGCCAUUGAUGCUGGUGAUGGCGAGAAUAUGAUUAUUAUGAAGGCUCUCUUACGACAAUAUCUCACUAGAUUCGACAAAGAGCUGCUGAAUCCAGACAGGAAUGAAAGCCUUAUCGUCUUUCGAUUCCGUGAACGCCUUGAUGGUGGUGGGCCGUUUGUGAGACCUUUAUUGGAGCAUUGGCUUACGACUGAUAUUCCAAUACCUCUACCCCCUUCCAAUGACUCUGUUUGAGUAAUGGGUACUUUUUUCCCCCCUCCUUUUGCUUCCUUUCCAUCUCUCCUUCUCUUUCUCGUUUUUGUACAUUUUAACCUUUCUAUUCGUCUUUUUUCCCUUUUGCUACACGUCCUCGCUUAUAUUCUCUAAGUACGUAGCAAGCAAAAACUUCAUCCUACACUCGAACAUAUACCAUUCAUGCUAGUCUCGUAGUCUAUUAGUCUAUUCCAGGCAACCUUUUUUAAGUGUCUUUUUUGUUUUAGUCAAAAUCCCUCGCUUCAUGCAUGUACCAUUAUUAAAUAAUGAUUGACGCAUUAAGGAUAACUUUAUUGCGUCUGGAAUGCCCCAG